AUGGAUCCUCACGAGAAGUUGAAGGAAAUUGAGAUUGACGCGGCGAGAGCUGUCGGCAAGAUCGAAGCGCUAGCCGCAGAGUCGGACGGUAUCUUAGAUAUCGCAGCCCGCUUCAAGAGCAUUCUCGAAGAAUAUAGACAUUUGGCGAGAAGUAUUCAGAGCCCCGAGGCGGAGGAGCGCGCCGCAGAGAGCGCAGCGCAAGGAAGCCCGUAUGCGGUCCUCCUACUGGACGGAAACGCCAUCACAGAGGAGCACCUGCGCGCCAAUAGCAGGGGCGGUACGGGCGUGGCCCAGCUUCUUAACGAUGAGAUGAUCGACCACUUUCGCAACGUGGCGGAGGUACCGCACAGUAGUCGCCUUGUUAUCCGUAUCUUUGCCGACCUGAAGGAGGUUUCGCAUAUGGCGAUCAAGGCCAAGUUGGUGGAUCCGAAUGGCCACCCGCGAGUUCUGGCGCCGUUCGCGGCGAGCUUCAAUGCGGUAUCGCCGUACUUCGACUUUGUCGAUGUCAGUGACAAACAUAAUGUUAAAGUUAAGGUAUCCGAGAACUUCCAACUGUUCGCCAAAGACCAGAACUGCAAGCGCAUCAUCUUCGGCAUUGGUUCAGUAAAAACCUACGUAGACAUGCUGGAAUCCUAUCAAGGAUACAGGAGCAAGAUCGACCUCCUCCGCGCCGGCAACGUCGACCCGGCAUAUGAGGGUUUGGGGUUCAAGUUCAUAUCCUUCCACCGGGUGUUCCGGCCUGGACCUCGUUCUGAGGGUGGCCUCACGUUCGCGUCGGCGUCACCCAUCGUAGUCCGGGACCGCAAUGGCGUGUUGAGGCGCUUCCAUUCGGAGGGAUCGAGAAACGUUAACGGUAGCCUGAAGGCCUCCAGCGAUUCAAUCAACAAUCCCUACGACCUCCCCACAACCGCGGAACACGGCCUCAUCCCCGUCAAUGCAUUGGGCCAGCGCAUCGACCUCCACAUCGCGCCACCCGGUGAAUCCAUCAUGCGCGCAUUCAACAGUGGCUUCGCUCACAAGAAACCAUGCACGCCCUUCCACAUCCACGGCAAGUGCGACCGCACGCCUUGCCAGUUCGAUCACAGCCCUCUUAGUAAUUCUCAAUCUCACUGCUUGCGGUAUACUCUGAAGAAGGUACCGUGCACGAAGGCAGGCCGAUGCCGUAGGAUCGACUGCUACUAUGGCCAUGUGUGCCAGAAGGCUGAGUGCAAAGACUGCCGGAAGAUGGAAUGCAGGAUGCCGCCUGCGAUGCAUAGCAUGGAUCUCAAGGUUGCUGCUUGGGUGGAUCCUGACCAAGGCCGUGUGGGAUCUCGAGGGACGUCAGAAUCUGGGUUGACGGGGAAGAUCGAGGGCAGUAAAGGACACCGAAGCGCUUCAGGACCCGUGAUGAUGAUGGAGGAUGUCCCCAUUACGGAGCCGCUGAUCGACCUCUCGUAA